AUGGACAAAGAUCAGCCGAAGAAGAUAGUCACCGCAGAGGAAUUCAAAGAAGCACGGAAACACCUCCUCAACCAAGAAAAAGCAUCAACCCACCUUCUCCAAAAGCUCGCCGAAAGCCGCCGAAACCUACCCAUGGUCCAAAUCCCGAAUCCCUCCAGAUUCAAAUUCGACACACCCAGCGGCGAAAAGACACUCCUCGACCUCUUCGAAAACCGCAAACAACUGAUAAUCUACCACUUCAUGCUUGCCCCGCACGAGAAAGCCGGUAGGGAUACAUCCUUUGCGGCUGUGGCGACUGCGACUAUUGAGGAGGUUACUGCUUUUGGCGAGCGGAUGGGAUGGGAGUUCCCGUUUUAUAGCUCUGCCAAGACUCAUCGGGCUUGGGAAGAGGCUGAACGGGAUGGUGAGGUGAUUACUUGGAAGCCUGGGAAUGGGUAUUUUGGUCUUUCUUCGUUUUUGAGAGAGGGGGAUGAGGUCUUUCAUACUUAUGAGACUUCGUCGAGGGGGCUGGAGAUUAUUUCUUUCGACUUAUCAUCUUCUUGA